UGAUUUGCAAUUGAUUCUUCAACAAUUGAUUCCAUUCUCGCGGUGAUCAAUUGAUUUUGUAUUUUGUUGGCGAAAACUGUUGAUUGUUGUUGUCAUUUUGAUUUUUUUUUCUUUGUUGGUAAUUACAUACAUUCUCUAGGUUCUAUUCUCAUUUUUAGUUGGUUCAUUUUUUGUGGAGAUCUUUGGGUUUUGUUUACGUUUGUCUUUGGAGAAUUUUUUUUUUAUUUUCUAUUCUGUUCUUUCAAUUGGAUCAUCUUACAAUUUGCUUCUUUUAAGAGAAUUUAUUUUUCGUUUAUUUGAUUUUCUAAUCAUUUGGUGCUGUGAUUUAUUGGAUUCAUUUAGAUUGCUCGUCUUGGAAUUAAAAAUUAGAUUGGUUGUUGAUUUAUCGAAACAUUAGAUGUCGCUAAGAUUAUGAAGUUCUUAAUUGUUGAUCGUUAAUUGUCAAUGAACUGUCACAAUUUUCACAGAUUAUUCUAGUUAACUUUGGAAUCAUUUAAAGAAUUUCAAUUAAAUGAAGAAGAUGCUCCACGAGAAUGAAUUAAUCAACAUUGAGGAGGAUAUGAUCCUCCAACCAGGUUAUCUAAUUAGACGGUUUACUCUUAACAAUCGGAUUAACGGUCUCAAAGUCUCCAUUGUUAACACUGGUGCUGCUGUUCGGAAUAUAAGGCUUAAUGAUAAAGAUGAAAUUGUCCGAUUAUUUGGAGGAAAUAAUUUAAUUGAUUGGAAUCCUCAUGUUCUUGGUUUGGAUACUCUUCUUCUAAAUGCCAAUGCCAAUACAUUAAUGUACCAAUUGACAACUGAAAAUGAACUAAUCGCCAUUGGUAAAUUUCGCAGUCACCAACAGCAUAUGGAUAUUGUGGCUACAUUUUUCUUUAAUCUUAAUCCUGACUCGGAUAAUCUUGAUGGACAUUUACUUCAUGUGAAAACUAUAUCAGCUGAUAUUGAAUCUGACCAAGUGCCAGUUUUAAAUUCAAUUAACCCACAAAUGUUUGAUCUAACUGGUCCUGAUCCACAUAAAUUGGAAAGAUGUGAUGAAAAUUUUAUUGACAAUUAUGACAAUGUAUUUACAGCUACUGGUGAUAGAUCAACUCUUUUAAUUGUUACACUAUCUUAUGGAUCGAAAUGUGUUGAAGUAACAAUUAAGAAUAAUUCACAAACUCCCAUUCUGGAUAAUGUUACAGCUAAUCAAGUAACAUGUCGAGCAAGACUAAGAAUAAGACAAAACGGAAUCAGUAUAAUGCCUUACAUGAUGACUGAAUUUCACUGUGUGUACAGAUUUAUCUGGUGAAAAUCUAAUAAUCCUGUUAAUCAAUCAACCAAUGAUCAGAAAGUGUCGAUAACCAAUUUUGACCAACAAGGAGAUAAAUCGCAACAGAUUCUCUGCUGGAACUAUCAUCAUAAUCAUCUUAGAACACAAUCAAUCAGAGGAGAAAAUGACUUAAACAAAGGAUAAUUAAAGAUACAGUCGAUCAAUAUAUAUAUAGAGAGAGAUAUUAAUCAUGCAAAUCUAAUUGAUCAAAUCUCCAAAGUGAACCCAGAAUUUAUAUCUAUUAACCUUUAUUGUAAAUUCCGAUAUUUUAUUUUUAUUUUUGAACUUUUGUAUAAAGAAACUCAUAUGAAAUUCUGGUGAAAACUAAGAGUAUAUCUCUCUGAAUGAAUCGUAAUCACUCAAAGUGAUUAGAUUUAAUUAUCUUUUCCCUAUUUCUCUAUCUAUUUGUCUCUCUCUCUCUCUCUCAUCAUCUCUGGUCUACUAAUUCCAUUAUUAUAUUUUAUCAACGAGGAGAGACAAUUAACUGUAUCUGAUCAAAAUCAGUAUCAAUGUCCUGAUUUAACUUGAAUUAUCAUUCCAAUGGUCUUAAUUGUUGGUCAAAGUUAAAAACAUGUUUGGUGAAAGUUUAA